UAAGCUCAAGAAGAAAACCACUGGAUCACUGUUCCUAUAUACAAUUUCAUAAAAAGAGAUAGAAGUGAGGGAGCCGAAGACAGAGAGUGAGAAACAGAGAGAGACAGUGUGUGAGUUGGCUUCAAAGGCAUACAGAGAGAGAGGAUGGGGAGAGGGGCAUAUGAAGGGGGGAAUGGGGUGGCAGCACCAGCAGCAGCGAUGCCGGGGUGGCUGGGGGGCUUGGUGGAGGAGAGCUUCUUCGUGGGGUGCGGGGCCCAUGAGAGCCGGAAGAAGAACGAGAAGAACAUCUUCUGCCUCGACUGCUGCACCAGUAUCUGCCCCCACUGCGCAGCCGCCCACCCCUCCCACCCACUCCUCCAGGUGAGACGUUAUGUGUACAAUGAUGUGGUUCGAUUGGAUGAUCUUGAGAGGCUCAUAGACUGUUCCUAUGUCCAGCCAUACACUAUCAACAGUGCCAAAGUGGUGUUCCUGAAGCCAAGGCCUCAAUCCAGGCCUUUCAAGGGCUCCGGCAACAUUUGCUUGACCUGCGACAGGAUCCUCCAAGAGCCCUUCCACUUCUGCUCUCUCUCGUGCAAGGUGGACCAUGUGCUGCUGCGAGGAGAUGAUCUAUCGAGCAUAUUAUUCAGGUUCAGCGAGUCCGACUUCGCCUUCCCUCACUUCGAGAAUCUGCGGAUGGACGGCUCCGAUCUCCUCGAAGACGAUGAUGACCUGAUCGCCCCGGAAGACGUGACGCAGCACCGUGGCGGCUCCGCCUCCAGCAACGGCGGGGCGCCGAAGAAGAAGAAGAGCGGUGCCGGCUUCUUCCCUCAGAUUGUCCUAUCCUUGAGCAACAGGAGGAAGGGAGCUCCCCACAGAUCUCCCCUCUCCUAAUCUCUCUCUCUCUCUCUCUCUUACUGUGUCUGGUCGCUGCUGCUCAUAACUUUCAUGUCUGUGGAUGUUGUCCUGCUCAAAAUGCCCCUAUCCAUGUGGGGACAUUCUGGGAAACUUUGUGCUGGUAUGUGGGGAGGAACCACUGAGCA